CUCAAUGCAGUAAGUGAAAGACCCUUCAGAGAUGCACAUUCGACUAGUUCUUGUACUCACGCAUUUUCAGUUAAUUUUAAUAGGCAUAUAUGCCAAUCCGUUUAAAGUGACUCUCUAUGGGACUAAGACCCCCCAUUACGUGAUGCGCGGAUCAAUGGACGUGCCAGUCAAGCCCGUGGACUAUUGUCAAAAAGGACUCUGCCCGAAAGGAGAACGUCACAUUUGCUGUAAAAACGAGUUUUGGGGUGACAACUGUCCGAAGCCACGCGACGGCGUCAACAUGGAAAGGUACAGGACUAAUAUUUUGGACUAUCAUAAUAAUCUACGGAAUCGCAUGCACAUGAAAAUGAAUCAUCUGCCAUCGGCCAAAACACUUCGGCUCCUCCGCUGGGACGAAGAACUCUCCGUUGUGGCAAUGCGUGUUACAAAUUUCUGCAACAAUAUCACGGGCAGCAAUUGUGUGAACAUUCCACGUUACUUGAACGUGGCUCAGAGCUCAGCCUCCAAGCAGUACGAGCAUAUAAACAUACCGAAAUUGCUCUAUAUGAUAUUAGUUAACCUUUGGUCAGAGAAGUAUUAUACAUUUAACGCUUCCUAUGUACACUCAUUCCCGGAAAAUGCUUCGGAAGAUGAUCAGCUAUUUGCCAAUAUGAUAAAUCAGAGGGUCGAUAGAUUGGGUUGCGGCAUGUUACUUCAUGGCAGUGCAGGCACGUCCACAUUCUAUUUCACCUGUUUGUAUAAUGAAAAAAUCAAGCCUGGACAACAAUUGUAUGAAAUAGCGACAUAAAAUUUCUGCUUAAAAUCUAUUUCAAAUUAUCUAAAUAUUUAAAUAAAACUUAUUUCCGCAUGCACGCUACUUGAGAUCGGCUCGACCGAUUUGCCGGAAAAGCUUCAACAGAUCCCAGAAACCCCUCAACCACAGAUUGCUUGUACAUUCGCAACUCUGUUAAUUAAUCGCCUAGACCAUGGGCAAGGACGUGGUCUGUAUGAAAGAAAGUUUAGGGAAGAUCCAUUAGAAAAUACGACGGAGAAAUCUGUUUGUAAUUUACCUAAUUAAACGCAGCCUUGCAUUAUUUUGGCUGUAACAGAGCAUAAUUAAACUUUGGCUAUGGGCAAAACAAGUUUGAGUCUUCCAUUAGCCUUUUAAUUCUUCUUCACCUUAUUUUUGAUCUGAUCGCAGAAGUAAAUGCUUAAGGGAUUGUCCAACAUCCAAACAUCCCUUUUCAAUUAGGAAAAAUUAACCAUUUGAAAGCGUUUGGAAAUAAGUGAGUCUAAGACCCAAGACAAGAAAAAUCUUAACCAAAUAUGUAAAGAAACGAUACGGCAACUGUGAGAGAAGGAUGUGCCCCAAACCUCCGAGGUUUUAUUCAAGAAGAGCUUUCGCUGUAAGAGGAGGGUUUUGAAGCUGACGAUAGCUCCAUUGAAGAAAUGAAUAUUUUUUUAUUUUUUAUUUUUAUUUAUUUAUUACUGGUCGACAAAAACGAGUGUCUUCCUAAUUAUUCAAUACAUUGUACAUGCAUUAUGAAAAUUAAAUAUUAAAAACCUAGUUAGAAUACACCAAUUUUUCUAAUAGCAUAACCGA